UCUUGGGGUAUUACAAUGAUCAGAAGUUUAAAGAGGACACAGAAGUCUCCUGUACGCUGGGAAAACAGCAUCAUGUCAGAGAGAUGGUGCCUCUCGGCGUGUUCCCUGCUCCUGAUCUGUGCGGUGCGUCUCCACUGCAGUCAGGCAGUCAAAGUGGAGAAUGUAUUGACUCAAUCAAACUUCUACCAGACUCAGGAGCCCACGGGGGAGUAUAUGUUCCAGUUUGAUGAAGAUGAGAUAUUUUAUGUGGAUCUGGACAAAAAAGAGACAAAGUGGAGGCUUCCUCAGUUUGGAGAAACGGCCACAUUUGAGGCAGCGGGCGCCCUGCAGAAUAUUGGAAUUAUGAAGCACAAUCUGAACAUCAUGAUGAAGCGUUCAAACAUGACGGCCGCCAGAAACGUGGCCCCCGACAUCCACUUAUUCCCAGAGAACCCCGUGGUUUUCGAGGUGCCCAACACGCUGAUUUGUCUCGCCAGCAAGUUCUUUCCUCCGGUUGUCAAAAUGAGCUGGAUGAAAAAUAACCAGCCUGUGACCGAUGGGGUUUCCGAAACCGACUUCUACCCGACUCCAGACGGGUCCUUCCGAAAAUUCCUGUACUUAGGGUUUGUCCCAAAACAGGACGAUAUUUACACGUGUUCUGUGGAACACGCAGGACAGCCCACCAACCCCACAAACCAAUUUUGGAGACCAGAGACCUCGUCUCCCCACCCAGAGACAUCUGAGAAUAUCAUUUGUGGCCUGGGUCUGGCUGUCGGAAUCGUUGGGAUCGUCGCUGGGAUCGUAUUGAUUUUUAAAGCUCUUAGACGCAGCAAUCCAGGCAGCGGUUACUGAUUUGUAGGGUUGGUUUUCUUACAAUAUUCGUUGAUGCUUCGGGGCCACAUCUGCCUAAACUCUACACAAAGUCACCCAAAUACUGAAAAUACAUGCGCGGUGUUACACUCACUAACCAAAUGCUGCAACACCCAGCCGAGGAGGCUCCUCUUUGUUUUGUGAUUACAUUUCUGGAGGGUUUUUUCUUUUCUUAAACGUCUUGCUUUUCUGUUAGAAGCAGCAUUACAAAUAUUAAACACUCCAUUUCCCCCCUCAUUUUUCCAGUAUCUUAUGUAUGGCCCUUUAAUUAGUACAUUGAUUACCCACCGUACAGGAUACCAUUAAUGCGGCUUUUGUGUGAAAUGUUUAUUUGCUUCUGUAGUUAAAGGGUAAAUCUCAUCGUCCUUCUCUGACAGCGCAUUUGCCCAAUUCUCUGUGAAUUGAGCCCAAAUAAAAUAUUUGACCCAUGCAUACAGGCAUCGUAUUAAUCCCAGCGCAUGAUCAAACAGCGAUAAUAAGUGAGCAGGCUAAGCUCACUUUAAGGUAUUUUGCUGCAUUGUUUUCGCUCCUUUAACAAACUGCUCUCCUAAUUCCAGCGGAUGUUUGUCUAUGGCGAGAACAUGUCUUAAAAUGGGGCAGGAGUCAUAUAUUUUAACAUUUAUGUAUUUUUUUUUGCAAUAUUUGUUAAGACGCUAUUUUAAAUACAAUGAAAUCUGCCUAUCAUAAGCAAUCACACAGCGUUUACCUGCAUAACAGGGAAGGCUGGGAAUAGAAUGACCCAAGAACACGUUUGGCAGGCAUCUUCUUCCAUGUAAACUAUACAGUCCUGUCUGACAUUCAUCAAAAACUGCACAGAAAGGAUCCAGUCUUGGUGGAGAUGACGCCUAAAGACCACAGCUGUGGUUACCUGGAACUGCAAGUGAAAAAUAAAAACAUUCAGGUUGUGAUAGUGACCCAAAAUAUUCUAACAGCCGUUCAGCACAUAUUCUAAUUGGGAAAUUCUCACACUUAUCUGUAUCAGAUGCGAUGGGACAACCUUAAAGCGGCAGUUACUACAAGGUCCGAGUCACCAAAUAAUUCCGGGAUGAAAUAAUUUAUCGCUGAUCAUGUGAUAUCAUUCUCAAAACGAUACCAGAACUGAAACGGCCGUUUUCUGGGCUCUGUCUCGUUUCUCUGUAUGAGCGUUAAUUGCUCGCAGAACCCGCAGAAUCAUGGAGGCUGUAAAAUGAACAGCAUCUAAAAAACUGUAAUUCUAUGAUUAGGACACAAAACAGAAUGAAUCGCAUCAUUGUUGUAAAUAGAAUAAAAUGUUAAGGACGUCCUUACUAUCGCUUAUAGCUUAAUGCUGAGAUUAAUGCCCCCGGUUAGCGGAGACGGUUGAACAGUACUUAAUGAUCUGCAAAUGUUCUUUUUUGUAUCGUAUAACGGAACUAAUGAAAUAAAUAAAAUCCCUUUUCCUUCAAAA